AUGAAGAAAAGUCCUUGUCUUGGAGAAAUUCUAUCUAUCAUGGGGGCCCUUCAGUUGUACUUGGUCUCAGGUUAUUUAGAAAGCCAUUUCAUGAUGAUAUUUUGUAUAGAGAAUCUUCUGUCAACCUUGGUUGUUUUAAUGGCAUCUGCUCCGUUUGCAAUUAAGAGUACUGCUUUCAAAGAGGUAUUUCAAGCACAAUCGGAAUAUCUCCCGUUUGGACUAUUCGCGUUUGGAGAGUAUUCUUCAUGGUACCGAGGUGCUGGGAUGAUAUCCCUAAAAACAGCUAUGGCUACAAGGGGCCUAUGCUAUCCAUUGUCUGUAGUGCUUAUGUUUAUGCUUUCCAGAGUUGCCAGAGAAAACAUGCUCAGAAAUUUUGGGCUUAUUCUGAUAAUCCUAAUGAAUAUGUAUAAAUCAGUCAAGUAUAGCGACGAAGGGUUCUUCGAUGUCUUCUUUGGAACUAUCUACCUAGUGCUCUAUGUUAUAUUCAGCGUUUCCUCUGAUUUCAUAACCGUUUGCAUGACAAACCGAAACGGACUACCCAAGUUUCUUUUUGCAAGCUCGUUCUAUAUUUGGAUAUGCUCCCUUGUUGCAUUGAUCGACUCUGGGAUAGGGCACAAUGACAUCUACACAUUCAUAGAGAGGAAUAUUUACAGGUCAAUACUUCUUGUAAUCAUUUCCUCACUGUCGAGGAUUUUGAGUGCGUAUUAUAUCCAAAGGUUUGGAAUAGUUGCAUACAGCACAACUAAGAUAUCAAACUACAUCUACUUUAUAAUCUUAAGAAGUAUGAUGGGACUUGAGUGGUCCUGGAGAUUUGAAGACACAUUAUUCCACCUGUCCAUUUACUUCCUAAUUCUUUUCUUCAUCGAUGCAGACGAGUCCUAUGAAAGAAGUUUGGGAUUUGGCAUGUAA